CGCCCGAUGGAUGGGCAACGCACGAGCGACUAUCGAUGGGAGACGAUGAGCAACUCUCGAAUGCUAUGAAUUUAGACCGCUCGAUCUCUACGGCUAUCUGUUCCCGUACGAUCCGUCCUUACUUCGAGAUCCGACCGUCCGUUAUUAGAAUUUGAUUUCAAAAGUAGAGAGAGAGAGGCAAUCGCGUCUUCAUCGUCUCUCGUGCUCCAAGGAUUUCCAACAUCCGAACAAUAAAAAUCCCAUCUUUAUCUCCAUGCGAUUUAGCCUCCCCGGCCCGCCGCCUCUUCUUGCGGCGGAUCUCCUCCUCUUGACUGUUUCUCAGACUCUGGAGAUCCCCGGAGACUAACUCCCCUCUUUGCCCCCUUUCCAGAGUUGGAUUCUUGGUCUAAGAUGUGUUUGCUCGUCCCAACUUGGGGAGGGUUUUAGAUACUUCACUAAGGAGUACAAUUGGGAAGGAAUUAUUCGGAGGGCUUGACGAAUUGAUCCUCAGAUCGGCGUUGCGAACGCCAAUGGAGCAAAUAGCUCAACCUACGUCAACGUCGCCCGAUGUCCCUCCUAGAAAACUCGUUCGCCAGCUGGAUUUCACGGCCUCGGUCUAUGGUGGAGGUUCCACUACGGCGACACUACCUGUGGCCCUUGAUCCGUCGCAGUCACAGUGGCUACCUCUGCGCCCGCCGGCUUCUCUGCCCAUGUCGCUUUCGUCAAUUUCUUCGAUUUCUGUGGCCACAAAGCCACAAUCACCCAAGUCAAGACAAGACACGCAACCAGUCUACAAUACUAAAGAUGAUACACCAACAAGAAAGAGGAAUUGCAACUGCAAACAUUCAAAAUGCUUGAAGCUGAGGUGGACACAGUGCUUUAUAGAGAGCGAUGAAGCGAUGAUUAGGAUGAAAAGGAAAAAGUUCUGGGAGAAAGCUGUGGACCGAUAUGAACUUUGUGGAAGUGGUGAAAAUUGGUGGGGUGUCCAGCGUUAUAUGCGAGACAAUUUAAACCAUAGCAACAAGGCAAUCUCCUAUGAAAAACAUUUUCAAAGCAGCAGGUUCGUGGAGUCUGUAUUGGAUGUUUACUGGGAACUCCCACCAGUCGCUGGUCCUUCACUUACUCAUCAAACAAGGUACGACCCCGCCCGUGCCUCAGAUCCAAUUAUUGAAGAUGGAAGGUUCGGCUUGUUCCAAAGGCUUGGUCUAACAAAAUUUGAAACUUCAGUUUUCAAUGGAUAUACACAAAUGGUAUAUCUUCAAGUAUCUCCUCCGACCUCUUAA